AUGCUUCGCAGACUUGGGCUGUCGUGCUACAUCUCCAGGUGCACGGAUCCGUACACGAACCUGGCAUUCGAGGACUGGCUGCUGAAGAACAGCGACGAGGACUCGCACGUACUGUACCUCUGGCGCAACCGGCCGACAAUCAACCCGUGGAAGGAGUGCAAUCUGGAUAUGAUGGGCGAAAAGGACGUGUGGCUAGCACGACGCACAAGCGGCGGCGGCACAGUGUACCAUGACCUAGGCAACACCAACUACACGGUUCUGAUGCCCAGGCGCUCAUUCGCUCGCGACACAUGCGCGGAAAUGGUCGCGCGAGCACUGCAGCAUGAGGACAUUGCAGCGUAUGUGAACGAAAGGCAUGAUGUCACGGUAGAUGGGCUCAAGAUCUCGGGGUCGGCGUACCGGCUCACCAGCCGCAGGGCAUUCCACCACGGCACGAUGCUGAUUGACGCGGAUCUAACCCGGCUGCACGGGUGCCUGGACAGCAAGAGCCGCAAUAUCCGCGCCAAGGGCGUCGACAGUGUGCGCAGCAAGGUGGCGAACCUGCGCGACUACUCGUGGACCAUCGACCAUUCGUCGUUCUGCAAUGCGGUGGUGGGCGAGUUCCAGCGCACGUUCGGCAGGCUCGAGGAAAAGGACAUGGAGGUGUGGAGCGAGGGGGACCAGGGCAUUCUGGACAAGGUCGGGAAGGAGCGCGAGCGCAUCACGCAGUGGCAAUGGCUGUUUGGGCAGACGCCCGAGUUUGCUCACAGCAUCAGCGGCGAGUUUGUGUGGGGCAGGGUUGCCAGAAAAAACGACGGUGGCAAAUGGCGCUGGUCACGGACCCGGCGUUUCUCAUAUACCAGCUGCGGAUAUCGUUUCUGCGGACAAACGACCAGACGGCCGAGCGAAUCAUAACGUUCGAUGACUUGGCAAUGCCCAAUGCGGUACCGGCGGCAGCGACGGCAGCAGCAGCAGCGACUCGGCCGCGGCGACGCAACACGUCGGCGUCGGAGCUGCGACACCAUGUGGCAGUGCAAAGCACAGUGAACCCGUACAUUGUGGCAUGCGGGUACUUCCCUGAGACCGACGCAGUGGGCAGCCCAGACGUGCGGUAUUCGGGCGGAUACAUGCGGCCGCAGCGGGACAUGGCGCGGCCGGCCGAGCGCGCGGUAGUGGGCCGCAACACAAACCGCAACGCAAAGGUAGCGCCGACACGCGAGGGCCACGAGGAGGUGGUGGGGCUGGGGGUGGUGCCGCGGCAUGCGGAGCUGCUGGGCGAGCCAGAGUACGAG